AUGCAGGGCAGGAUGAUGAUCUUUUCGAGACUUGCGGUUCUGCUGCUUGGCGUGGUGGUGUUGGUGAAGGGUGAGGAUGGGGAUCAGAAUGCUGCUGGCAGGAAGGCGAUUCGACCGAAUCCUUCAAAGGGGCAUUGGAUUGAUGCGUGGGCGACUAUGCCACAGUUGACAGAGCCGGCCAACUUGCCUCCUGCUCCCUUUAACCAAACCGGCGCCGUCUUUGUAAACUCCACCAUCCGCCAGACCCUCUUCAUGACCGCCACAGCCAAACAGAUCCGCUUGAAAUUCUCAAACGUCUUUGGCGGCUCCAACCUCCCCAUCACCGCCGUCACCGUCGCCCUGCCCAUCAACAACACGGCCGGAAUCCACCAAAUCCAGCCCCAUACCCUCCAAAACGUCACCUUCUUCGGCCAAUCCUCCAUCAGCAUCCCCAACGGCGCCCUCGCCGUCUCCGAUCCCCUCAACUUCCCCAUCCACGCCCAACAAGUCAUCACCGUAACCCUCUACCUCGCCACCGGCCAACUCUCAAACGCAAUCACCAGCCACCCAGGCUCCCGCACAACCAGCUACUUCCAAUUCGGCAACGCCGUCCACGCGCCCAGCAUCAAUGUCAACGACCCAGCCAGCCAAGCAGCAGCACACUGGUACUUCCUCUCCAGCAUCGAAGCCUGGACCCCACGCCACCAAACCUCCCUCGUCCUCCUCGGCGACUCCAUCACCGACGGCCGCGGCUCCACCACAAACGCAAACAACCGCUGGCCAGACCAACUCCUCUCCCGCCUCCAAUCCUCCCCCUCAACCUCACACAUUGCCCUCUCCAACCUCGCCGCCGGCGGCAACCGCAUCCUCGCCGACGGCCUCGGCCCCAGUGCCUUCUCCCGCAUCGACCGCGACAUCCUCGCUCACCCAAACGUCGCCGCCGUUCUCGUCUUCAUCGGCGUCAACGACAUCGGCACCACUGACCCUUCCCCCGCCGCACAAUCUACCCUCUUCCCCGCUCUCACACAGGCUUACGCACAAAUCGUCGCUCUCCUACACGGCCACGCUAUCCCCGUCUUCGCAGCUACCAUUACCCCCUUUAGCGCGCCCGCGAACGCCUCGAGCAUACAGCCGUACAGCCACCCAGAGCGCGAGCGCACCCGCCAACGCGUCAAUGCUUGGAUUCGCAACAGUGCAGUGUUUGACGGCGUUGUGGAUUUCGAUGCCGUGGUGAGGGAUCCAAGGGUGCCGGAGCGGUUGGAUGCGAGGUUUGAUGUGGGUGAUUAUUUGCAUUUGAGUCCGAGGGGUUAUCGGGAGUUGGCGGAGAGGUUUCCGGUGGAGCUUUUGAUCAGGCGGGGUGGGUAUGAGUUUGGGGGGUUUUUCUAG